UUAAACUUGCCAUUGUCUGGUGACAUGCGAGCAGAUUUCCUGUGUUUCCAACAAGCCCAACUGGCAGGUUUGACAUCUACCUACAGAGCCUUCGUCUCGUCACAUCUGCAAGAUCUGGUCACAGUGGUCAGAAAAACAGACCGAUACCAUUUACCAAUAGUCAAUCUUAAGGGAGAAACACUUUUCAACAACUGGGAAUCUAUAUUUGAUGGAAACGGUGGACAAUUCAACAUUCAUGUUCCCAUAUACUCCUUUAAUGGGAGGAACGUCAUGACUGAUCCAUCUUGGCCUCAGAAAGUAAUAUGGCAUGGUUCGACUGCGCGUGGGAUCCGACUGGUUAGCAACUACUGCGAAGCCUGGCGCACGGCCGAGAUGGGAGCCGUGGGACAAGCAUCACCACUGAAGACGGGGAAACUUCUUGAUCAGAAAGUAUAUAGCUGUAGUAAUCAGUUUAUUGUUCUCUGUAUUGAAAACAGUUUUGUAUCUGACGCCCAAGGGAAAUAAUUCACCUGUUGCACCUAGGAAUAAUCCAUUUUACGACGGGAAAAGCCGACACUGACGUUUC